AUGGCGGAUGGUAAAGCAGCUUUAGCGGUGCCGACCGGCGACGGAGGACCUGGUGGAGCAGCUGGGGCGAGCGCAGCUUGGCUAGGAUCUCAGGCGGAGCGAGGAUGUUCCGUGGAAGGCCUUGGAGACGAAGAUGCUCCUCACAAGGACGAUGAAGCAUUCAGCAGAGAAAGGAAGGGUGGGAAGGUGAAAGCGGAUCAAAUUGCAGAGGAGCCAUACUCGACGUUCAGCUCUGGGCAAAUACAGUCAGUAGAGGUCGCGCGCCUGUCACACGUCGCUGAUUGCGCGGCAAAGACGACUCACUCAUUCAUCAUCGUUCUUGUCAGCAUCAUUAUCGCAGCUGCUACGCUCGCUGCCUUCUUAUCGCCUCUCACUGCCAAUGCUAUCCUGCCCGUGCUAUCUGAGAUCUCGAGAGACCUCAAUGUCCCCAUCGAAGAUGCGACGCUUUCCGUCACCAUCUUUGCAGUCGGUAAGUGGGCUGAGCAUCUGGCGCCGUCUUUCAUGUUUAAUCGAAGCAAUCAGACUGAGCAGCAGCGAAUUUUGGAAUCCAUGACGCCAUUCCCGGACAGGUCAAGGCAUUUUCCCGCUCAUCUUCGGAUCGUACACCGACCUUGCAGGGCGGAGACCCAUCUUCUUCAUCUGCCUCAUCAUCUACGCAGUCGCAAACGUCGUGCUGGCCAACCUGCCUGACAGCUAUCCCGGUUUGCUAGUCCUCCGACUCAUCCAAGCCAUGGGGUCAGCAAGUCUGAUUAGCAUUGGCGCAGGUGCCAUUGGGGAUGUGAUCCCUACGCAUAGGCGAGGCAGAGCUUACGGCAUCUUUCAGGCUGGCAUAGCUGGUGAGCAGCUUCGUGGUGUCAUUCGAUGGCUCAUGAAGCGCUGACGCGACUUUUUGUUGGAUGCCGCGGCCAGGCGGGCCUUCGAUUGGGCCCAUCGUUGGCGGUAUCAUUGGCGAGGAGGCAGGCUGGAGAGCGAUCUUUUGGCUCCUGUUUGCUUUGGGCGCGGUGGCGCUGCUCUUGCUAGUUCUCUUCCUGCCCGAGACUCUCCGAUCUCUUGUGGGCAACGGCAGCACCCCUCCACCGACAGUGUGGCACGAAGCUCUGUGGACGCUGAUUCGGGGCAAGACGGCGUCCCAGCUCAAGGGAGAAAGGCGAAAGGGUUGGCCCUCGGAUCCCUCUCAUGCAGGCAUGAGCCGCAGCAGAAGAAUUCUAUCUUACCUCUCCAGACCUCUCAGGCCUCUACGCUUAUUUGCCAGGUACGAAAUCACUUUGCUACUAGUCAUCAACGCCAUUCCGUACGCCGCAUUCUACUGCUGGACAACAACGAUCAGCGACCCGUUUGCUGGUGUGUACGGCCUCAACACCUUGCAAAGUGGUCUGAUCUUUCUCUCUAGCGGAAGCGGUACGGUGCUGGCGAGCAUUUUGAGUGGUUGGAUCAUGGACCAUGACUAUGCGACUGCUAAGGCCAAGGUCGAAGCGCGGUCGAAGAGUGACGUGGAGGCCAACUCGGCUGAGAAGGGUGCAGAGCAGACAGACGCUGCUGCCAACCUCUCACCGAACAGCGAGCAGAACGGGAUCAAAGGUAGAGCAGAUGACGCCUUCAACGAGGCUACGCGAGAGGCUUUGCAUCCUACUUCUUCUCGUCGCACUUCUUCCACCGCGCAUGCCUCGGCGGCGGUUGCCUUGUCCACGCCACCAGCCACUCAAGCGGUUCCGCUGGAAGCUGCGCGCUUUAAGAGGUACCCAAUCUACAUCUUUGUGGCGAGCGCGACAUUCAUUGGCUACGGCUGGUGCCUUCAAUCAGAAGUGCACAUCUCCGUUCCCAUCAUCUUGUUCUUUUUCAAUGCUGCCUCGGUCGGCGGCAUCAUGGCGAUCACGCAAGUCUUGUUGGUCGAUUAUCUCGCUAGUCAAGGUGCUUCUGUGACUGCUUGCAACAAGUGAGUUUCGCAAUGCAGCGUUGAUUGCUGACGCCAACAUCCUAGAUGCCUUGUUCUAACGCAAUUCUGCUCUUUGAACGACGGCAGCCUCUGCCGCUGUUUGUCCUCUGCUGUAUCAACCGCCAUCAUCCAAUACAUCCUCAAGGGCAUCGGAAGGGGUUGGACAUUUACCCUACUAGGAUUGAUCACGCUCGCUUCCGCACCCUUGGUCCCAUUGACCAUUAUCAAGAGCUCUGGAUGGCGAGCAAAGAGGGAGGCGGAGAAGCUAGAAGCGGCGGAGAAGGUACAACUGAGCGGCAAAGGCAAGGUAUAG